UCUCUGUGUCCUUUCAGUCGUGCGGGCCCCGCGACAGCGAGGCGGCCAGGACUGGCGUGUCGCUCCCUCCACGCCCCAUUCUUCCCCUGGGCUCCAACCGGCCGCAGCUGCGUUCCGAAGCCCGGGCUCCCGCGGGAUUGACGCGCUGGGGGAGGAGCGGUUUCUCGCUGCGCGCCUCUCAGGAGCAUUACGGCAGGGCUCGUUCCCGGCUCCGGCCGCCAGCCCCAGCCUCCCCGGUCCGGAGCUGGGACUGGCGGAGGCCGCGAGGGAGGGAGCGCGAGCGAGGAGGCACGCGCCCGCCCGUCCGCGCCCAGACCGCCGCCGCCGCCGCCUUAGCAGCCAUGGCCGAGCGCCGCGCCUUUGCCCAGAAGAUCAGCAGAACUGUGGCUGCUGAAGUCAGGAAGCAGAUCUCUGGACAAUACAGUGGUUCUCCUCAACUGCUCAAAAACCUCAACAUUGUUGGCAAUAUAUCCCAUCAUACCACAGUGCCCCUUACUGAAGCAGUGGACCCAGUGGAUUUGGAAGAAUACCUCAUUACUCAUCCUUUAGCUGUGGAUUCUGGACCUUUAAGGGAUUUGAUUGAGUUCCCUCCAGAUGAUAUUGAAGUUGUUUAUAGUCCUAGGGACUGCAGAACCCUGGUGUCAGCUGUACCUGAAGAAAGUGAAAUGGAUCCACAUGUUAGAGAUUGUAUAAGAAGUUAUACAGAGGACUGGGCAGUCGUGAUCAGAAAAUAUCAUAAACUGGGAACAGGAUUUAAUCCUAAUACAUUAGAUAAACAGAAAGAAAGGCAAAAAGGUUUGCCAAAACAGGUCUUUGAAUCCGAUGAAGCUCCAGAUGGCAACAACUACCAGGAUGAGCAAGAUGAUCUUAAAAGACGUUCAAUGUCAAUAGAUGAUACUCCAAGGGGUAGCUGGGCCUGCAGUAUUUUUGACUUGAAAAAUUCACUUCCUGAUGCUUUGCUUCCCAACUUGCUUGAUCGCACUCCCAAUGAAGAAAUAGACCGUCAGAAUGAUGACCAAAGGAAAUCGAACCGCCACAAGGAACUCUUUGCUCUGCACCCAUCACCAGAUGAGGAGGAGCCAAUAGAACGACUUAGUGUUCCUGAUGUGCCCAAAGAGCACUUUGGUCAGAGACUUCUUGUAAAAUGUUUAUCACUCAAGUUUGAAAUUGAAAUUGAACCCAUUUUUGCAAGUUUGGCUUUAUAUGAUGUCAAGGAAAAGAAAAAGAUUUCAGAAAACUUUUAUUUUGACCUUAAUUCUGAGCAGAUGAAAGGAUUAUUACGUCCCCAUGUACCACCUGCUGCCAUUACCACCUUGGCAAGAUCAGCUAUUUUUUCUAUCACUUAUCCUUCACAAGAUGUUUUUCUUGUAAUAAAGCUAGAAAAAGUCCUACAGCAAGGUGACAUCGGAGAGUGUGCAGAACCAUACAUGAUUUUCAAAGAAGCAGAUGCCACAAAGAAUAAGGAAAAAUUGGAGAAGCUGAAAAGUCAAGCUGAUCAGUUUUGUCAAAGACUUGGGAAAUAUCGCAUGCCUUUUGCUUGGACUGCAAUCCAUUUAAUGAAUAUUGUAAGCAGUGCGGGGAGUUUGGAAAGAGAUUCUACAGAGGUGGAAAUAAGCACUGGCGAACGAAAAGGGUCUUGGUCAGAGAGGAGGAAUUCUAGUAUUGUUGGCAGACGAUCCCUCGAAAGGACAACAAGUGGAGAUGAUGCUUGUAACUUGACCAGCUUUCGACCUGCUACUCUCACAGUGACGAAUUUUUUUAAGCAGGAAGGAGACCGCCUAAGUGAUGAAGAUCUGUACAAAUUUCUUGCUGAUAUGAGAAGGCCAUCUUCUGUUUUACGGCGACUAAGACCUAUUACAGCUCAGCUGAAGAUAGACAUUUCUCCUGCACCUGAAAAUCCCCAUUAUUGCCUAACUCCAGAGCUACUUCAAGUGAAGCUUUACCCAGACAGUAGGGUUAGACCUACCAGAGAAAUUUUGGAGUUUCCUGCCAGGGAUGUCUAUGUUCCAAACACUACUUACAGAAAUCUUCUCUACAUAUACCCUCAGAGUCUCAAUUUUGCCAAUCGUCAAGGUUCUGCAAGAAAUAUAACAGUGAAAGUACAGUUCAUGUAUGGGGAGGAUCCAAGCAAUGCCAUGCCGGUAAUCUUUGGUAAAUCUAGCUGUUCAGAAUUUUCAAAGGAAGCCUAUACAGCCGUAGUAUAUCAUAACAGGUCUCCUGAUUUUCAUGAAGAAAUCAAGGUUAAACUCCCUGCUACUUUAACUGACCAUCAUCAUUUGCUUUUUACUUUUUAUCAUGUUAGUUGUCAACAAAAACAAAAUACUCCUCUUGAAACUCCUGUUGGAUAUACAUGGAUACCGAUGCUUCAGAAUGGACGAUUAAAGACUGGGCAGUUUUGCCUACCAGUCUCACUGGAAAAACCACCACAGGCUUAUUCUGUACUGUCUCCUGAGGUUCCUCUACCUGGCAUGAAAUGGGUAGAUAAUCACAAAGGUGUUUUUAAUGUUGAAGUUGUUGCUGUUUCAUCUAUCCAUACACAAGAUCCUUAUCUCGACAAAUUUUUUGCUCUGGUCAAUGCUCUGGAUGAACACAUGUUCCCAGUCCGAAUUGGAGACAUGCGUAUAAUGGAAAAUAACUUAGAAAAUGAAUUGAAGAGCAGUAUUUCAGCAUUGAAUUCAUCUCAGUUAGAACCAGUGGUCCGAUUUCUUCAUCUUCUGCUUGAUAAACUGAUACUUUUAGUUGUUAGACCUCCUGUCAUUGCUGGCCAAAUAGUUAAUCUAGGUCAAGCAUCUUUUGAAGCCAUGGCAUCAAUUAUAAAUCGGCUCCACAAAAACUUGGAAGGAAAUCAUGACCAGCAUGGCAGGAACAGCCUUCUCGCAUCAUACAUCUAUUACGUUUUUCGCCUACCAAAUACUUACCCUAAUUCACCAUCACCAGGUCCUGGGGGUUUGGGAGGAUCAGUGCAUUAUGCCACAAUGGCUAGAUCUGCUGUGAGACCUGCAAGCCUUAAUUUAAAUCGUUCUCGGAGCCUUAGUAAUAGUAACCCAGAUAUAUCUGGGACUCCCACGUCACCAGAUGAUGAAGUACGGUCAAUCAUCGGCAGUAAGGGUUUAGAUCGCUCCAAUUCCUGGGUUAACACUGGUGGUCCAAAAGCUGCCCCAUGGGGAUCCAACCCCAGUCCAAGUGCAGAAUCAACACAGGCUAUGGAUCGAAGUUGUAAUCGUAUGUCUUCACACACAGAGACGUCAAGUUUCUUACAAACAUUAACGGGACGCUUACCAACUAAAAAGCUUUUUCAUGAGGAGCUGGCUUUGCAGUGGGUUGUCUGCAGUGGCAGCGUUCGGGAAUCGGCUUUGCAACAAGCCUGGUUCUUUUUUGAAUUAAUGGUAAAGAGCAUGGUGCAUCAUUUAUAUUUUAAUGAUAAACUUGAUGCACCAAGGAAAAGUCGUUUUCCAGAACGUUUCAUGGAUGACAUUGCUGCUCUUGUCAGCACAAUUGCUAGUGAUAUAGUUUCACGAUUUCAGAAGGACACAGAAAUGGUUGAGAGACUCAACACAAGCCUUGCAUUCUUUCUCAAUGAUCUGUUGUCUGUUAUGGAUAGAGGAUUUGUCUUUAGCCUUAUUAAGACCUGCUAUAAACAGGUAUCUUCAAAGCUUUAUUCAUUACCAAAUCCAAGUGUGCUGGUGUCCUUGAGACUGGAUUUUCUGCGAAUUGUCUGCAGCCAUGAGCACUACGUUACAUUGAACCUGCCCUGCAGCCUGCUUACUCCACCUGCAUCACCAUCACCUUCUGUUUCUUCUGCAACAUCUCAGAGUUCUGGAUUUUCCACAAACAUACAAGACCAGAAGAUUGCAAAUAUGUUUGAAUUAUCUGUGCCUUUCCGCCAACAGCAUUAUUUGGCAGGACUUGUGUUAACAGAGCUGGCUGUCAUUUUAGACCCUGAUGCUGAAGGACUGUUUGGAUUGCACAAGAAAGUCAUCAAUAUGGUACACAAUUUACUGUCCAGUCACGACUCAGACCCACGGUACUCUGACCCCCAGACAAAGGCGAGGGUGGCCAUGUUGUAUCUACCUCUGAUUGGCAUUAUCAUGGAAACUGUUCCUCAGCUCUAUGACUUUACAGAAACUCACAAUCAACGAGGAAGACCAAUUUGUAUAGCCCCUGAUGACUAUGAAAGUGAGAGCGGAAGCAUGAUAAGCCAGACCGUUGCCAUGGCAAUUGCAGGAACAUCAGUUCCUCAGCUAACAAGGCCUGGCAGCUUCCUCCUUACAUCAUCGAGUGGCAGGCAACACACUACCUUUUCGGCAGAAUCCAGUCGGAGCCUUUUGAUUUGUCUACUUUGGGUUCUCAAGAAUGCAGAUGAGACGGUUCUACAAAAGUGGUUUACAGAUCUCUCAGUCCUACAGCUAAACCGGCUACUAGAUUUGCUUUAUCUCUGUGUAUCUUGCUUUGAGUACAAAGGAAAGAAAGUAUUUGAAAGAAUGAAUAGUUUGACCUUUAAGAAAUCAAAAGACAUGAGAGCAAAGCUUGAAGAAGCUAUUCUUGGGAGCAUAGGUGCUAGGCAAGAAAUGGUGCGCCGAAGCCGAGGACAGCUUGGUACGUACACAGUAUCUUCUCCUGAGAGAAGCCCAUCUGGAAGUGCCUUUGGAAGUCAAGAAAAUCUGAGGUGGAGAAAGGAUAUGACUCACUGGCGUCAAAACACUGAGAAGCUUGACAAAUCAAGAGCAGAGAUUGAGCAUGAAGCACUGAUUGAUGGAAAUCUGGCUACUGAAGCAAACCUAAUCAUUUUGGAUACAUUAGAGAUUGUUGUCCAGACAGUUUCUGUAACAGAAUCCAAAGAGAGCAUCCUUGGUGGGGUACUGAAAGUCUUACUGCAUAGCAUGGCCUGUAACCAAAGUGCAGUUUAUCUACAACACUGUUUUGCUACACAGAGAGCCCUGGUUUCAAAGUUCCCCGAACUCUUGUUUGAGGAAGAAACGGAGCAGUGUGCGGACCUGUGCCUGCGCCUUCUGCGGCACUGCAGUAGCAGUGUCGGUCCGAUUCGGUCCCAUGCUGGCGCCUCACUGUACCUCCUCAUGAGACAGAACUUUGAGAUCGGGAAUAACUUUGCUAGGGUUAAAAUGCAGGUAACCAUGUCACUGUCAUCCUUGGUGGGCACAUCUCAAAAUUUUAAUGAGGAAUUCUUAAGACGUUCUCUAAAGACUAUAUUGACAUAUGCUGAAGAAGAUCUGGAAUUGAGGGAAACAACAUUUCCUGAUCAGGUUCAAGAUUUGGUUUUCAAUCUCCAUAUGAUCCUUUCUGAUACCGUUAAAAUGAAGGAACACCAGGAGGAUCCUGAAAUGUUGAUUGAUCUAAUGUACAGAAUUGCCAAGGGCUACCAGACCUCUCCAGAUCUGCGACUGACCUGGUUGCAGAACAUGGCGGGCAAACACUCAGAACGAAGCAACCAUGCCGAAGCUGCCCAGUGCCUGGUCCACUCAGCAGCACUUGUCGCUGAAUAUCUGAGCAUGCUGGAGGACCGCAAAUAUCUUCCUGUAGGAUGUGUAACAUUUCAGAAUAUUUCAUCUAAUGUUUUAGAAGAAUCUGCAGUCUCAGAUGAUGUUGUAUCUCCAGAUGAAGAAGGUAUCUGCUCUGGAAAGUACUUUACUGAGUCAGGACUCGUGGGAUUACUGGAACAAGCAGCUGCUUCUUUCUCUAUGGCUGGCAUGUAUGAGGCAGUAAAUGAGGUUUACAAAGUACUUAUUCCUAUUCACGAAGCUAAUCGGGAUGCAAAGAAACUAUCCACAAUUCAUGGUAAACUUCAAGAAGCAUUCAGCAAAAUUGUUCAUCAGAGUACUGGCUGGGAGCGGAUGUUUGGCACCUAUUUUCGUGUUGGUUUUUAUGGAACCAAGUUCGGGGAUUUGGAUGAACAGGAAUUUGUUUACAAGGAGCCUGCAAUAACCAAACUUGCAGAGAUCUCUCACAGAUUGGAGGGAUUUUAUGGAGAAAGAUUUGGAGAGGAUGUGGUUGAAGUAAUCAAGGACUCUAAUCCUGUAGACAAGUGUAAAUUAGAUCCUAACAAGGCAUAUAUUCAGAUAACCUAUGUGGAGCCGUACUUCGACACAUACGAGAUGAAGGACAGAAUCACCUAUUUUGACAAAAACUAUAAUCUUCGCCGUUUCAUGUACUGUACGCCCUUCACUUUGGAUGGCCGUGCCCAUGGGGAACUUCAUGAACAAUUCAAACGGAAGACCAUUCUGACUACUUCUCAUGCCUUUCCUUAUAUUAAGACAAGGGUCAAUGUCACUCACAAAGAGGAGAUCAUCUUAACUCCAAUUGAAGUUGCUAUUGAAGACAUGCAGAAAAAGACCCAGGAGUUGGCAUUUGCAACACAUCAGGAUCCAGCAGACCCCAAAAUGCUUCAGAUGGUUCUCCAGGGGUCUGUAGGCACAACAGUGAAUCAGGGGCCUUUGGAAGUUGCCCAGGUUUUUCUGUCUGAAAUACCCAGUGACCCAAAGCUCUUCAGACAUCAUAAUAAACUACGACUGUGCUUCAAAGAUUUUACUAAAAGGUGUGAGGAUGCCUUAAGAAAAAAUAAAAGCUUAAUUGGGCCAGAUCAAAAGGAAUAUCAAAGGGAACUGGAGAGAAACUAUCAUCGCCUUAAAGAGGCCUUACAGCCUCUGAUAAACAGAAAGAUCCCGCAGUUAUACAAGGCAGUAUUACCUGUCACCUGCCACAGAGAUUCCUUUAGUCGGAUGAGCCUGCGCAAAAUGGAUCUUUAAAAUAAUGCACUUGUCUUAUUCAUUUGAAGAGAGCCAUGUAUUCAACACUGAGUAUGAAAAGAAGAUUUAUUGAAAAAGACAACUUGGGGCUUAAUUCUGGAAAUUCUGGCAUUAAUUUACUACUCAUUGAAGAACGCAGUGGCCAAAACAGUAUCAAAAGUAGAUCACUGAAGUUUGAGAAUCAUGGCCAUGGUUUCUCAUGUUCUGGUAAUAUGCUGUUAUCUUUUUUUAAGACUCAAAAGUAAUGACUCACUAUACAUUUACUAUUAUUUAUACCAUAGCUAAUGUUAAAUUUAUUUACUUUAAGUUUGUAUUUUUUAAUUUAUAUUACCAUUUAUAGAUUCAUUUUGGAACCAUUUUAAAUGUAGUAAUGCUUAUUUUAAAGGUACUAUUAAAUAUGUGAACGUUUACACUAAUUUUACCGAGUGAGACUUUAAAAAUUUUUGUUGACAAAAGCAGAGAAUCUUGAAUUAAGAACUAGUUCCAAAACUAGCAAAGUUCUAAAAAUGAAAAUUGACAUUGUGCGGGCCAAAGAGCCCCAAAUUAAAUAAAUGAAUAAAUGGGUAGUAGAUAGAUACUGGUAACUGGUUUGUGAAGUCUUAAAACAGGUUUCUAAGGUAUUUUCCAUUUAGAAACCAAAGAAAGGGAUUCAGGAUAAACUGCAGAGUAAUUUUACCUAACUAAACUUUUGUCUGUAAGUAACAGUUGAAUACUGGGAUAGCUGCUACCAGUCACAGUAGCUUAAUCUUUGACUCUCAAUCUUGUUACACUGAUAGUAGUAUGAACUUCAUGACUCUCAGCAACUAAAGUGAAUGAUUCCUAUGUUUCAGAUUAAACAAGCCAGUCAUUUUAUGAGUUUGGUCAUCUAAACUGGAAAACUAGAAAUCUGCUUUAGAGCUAUCUUACAUCACCACAGAAAUGACACUGAGAAGCUGGUGUUCGAUUUUAAUCUACCAGUUGAAUGAAAAGUUUUAUUUUUUAACGCUUGUAUAGACUUUAUAAAGUAUAUGUAAAAGAUAAAAUUAGCUGUUUUAAUUGAAAUUAAGAACUAAUUUAAAAUAACUUUGACAUGAAAAACUAAGGCAAAAAUCUUUUUGAAAAUAUUUAUUCCAAUUACUUGGCAAGUUUAUCCAAGAAACUACGUAUUAAUGAUUUUUGGAAGUGUUUUCAACAAUUUUUUUGUGUGUAGUAAUAUAGCUUAUAGAAAGGCAUCAUUUUUAAGCUGUCCCUUUGAUCUAUUGACCAGUGACAUGAAUCACUUAAAAACUGAUUAAAUAUGGUGCCUUCAUUCUGUAGUUGAUGUUGAAACAAGAUCUCAAAAAUACCUGCUUUUCCUGAGACCAUAGGGGAUGGUUGAUCUCCUUUCUCCAGCCUACCUUUAUAACUGGCACUAUUAUGUCAAAUUCAUCUUACCUACAUCAAUUCAAAGACUGAAUCACAAAAAGAUUUUUCAGAUGAGUCAACAGUGUUGGACCAGAAGGGCUGAGGAGUCAGAAAGGCAUAACCUCAAAAACUUGGGGACAGAGGAUCCACAUGAACAAUAAGGAAAGACAAGGAGUCAAGAAUGGAAAUUCAUUAAACAAAAAUAAGGUAACAAGUACUCUCUCCUCUUUAGGGCAAGGGAUGGGGGAGGUGUACUUAAGGGAGAGAAUAUUAAGUAAUCCCUAGGUCAUUACUCAUUAGAUUAUAUUACGUAAGAGCUUGGAAUAGUUCACAUAAAUCUCAGUGACAGUAUCAAAAACUCUAGAAUUUAUAUAAUUAUGAUUUAAUUACCAUGCAAUACUGUUUUCUGACUUGAAUAAAAACAGGCUUCCUCUGAGAACAAUGGUAUAAUACUAAACACUUCCUUAAUUCCCACAUACUUCAGUUUUCUUAAAACAUAAACUUUCUCAUAUCAAGAAUCUAUACCAAGUUCUUAACAUUGGCUGUCUCUUGAGUAUGAGGCCCAGGCUCUAUCCUAAAAGUACUCCAUCAGAAGCUUAUGAGUAGUGUUCAGGGCUGUUGCAUUUUAAAAGUUCCAUUAAUGAUUCUUUCUCUAUCAGAAACGGGCUGUUUCUUUUUAAAAGAAGUUCGAUUAGUGAUUCUGAAUGUAGAAUGAAGUGAGGACCGUGAUGUUUUAUAUCACACCAUCUUGUGGAAGAAUAUAUAUUAGACAUGAUUUAACUGUGUGAUUAAUUUAUUAGUUGACAGGUACUCUUGUUGAAAUGGGGGUAUAAAAGUGUUAUUCUAAUAGCAUUUAUAUAUUCUUUAGGUAAUUGAUCAUUUACCAAUUUAAUAUACAUUUAGAAUGAAAAUUUAACCACAUUUUUGUGUGUGCACAAAGCAUCAUCUUUACAGAUUCUGUAAAGUUAUGUCUACUUUAAAGGACAACUAGAAUGCAACAAUUUUUACUAUAAACUUUUAAGUAUGACACCGUGGAUGGACUAAGCAGUUUCUAUUCGAAAAGUCUCUUCACCUCCAACUCUCACAGUAUUAUUAAAGGUAAUUAUGCAUGUUUAUUCUCUUCUAGGUUUGUGUGUGUAUGUAUAUAUAUAUUAUACAUACACAUACAUUUUCUUAAAAGAACUCAGCUAUAGUUACGGUAAAAAAAAUAUACAAGUAAAAAUGAGCAGUUAUAUACAUAGUUGUUAAGCAGUUUAAAUUUUAUUGACCUCCCGGUUUUUAAAAAAAGUUAAAUUUAAGGUCACACCUCUAAAUUUGAUAUACUAUAUACAGAUCGUGCAGAAUAUGACUAUGAAGAGAUACAAAUUAGUCCAUGCCCAAAAAGAUUUAC